AAAAGAACAAAAGAUUCAUCAAACCAAGCAGAAUUUAUCGGCGAACGAUCAGAAUUACGAGCAAAUUCAAAAAGAUCAGSAGAGCGCACGUAUCCACAGCACCCCCUCUUAUUGGAAGCGGAUCAAUCGAAAACCGACCCGUCCUGCGAGACACAGAAGCUCAUAGAUUACGUCAAAUUACGAGUGAAUGAUGACGAGAAGAAGCAACAGUUGUGGAGUACAGAAAAGGAAAGGCACAUCGCUUGUCGUUUCAAUGACAUCGGCAGCUACUGCUGCUACAACAACACUGAUGCUUGUAAACGGUUGCCACUUGAUAAAUGCUUUGACYUUCCCMUAUUCAUCUUCGUCGCUUGCAGCUCCCGUUGCCAUGUCGACUCAUCUGACGACAAUGAACACCAGACCGGCGGCAAACGUGGCAACAGUUCCAUUGUCUCUAAUACCAUCGUAUACCACGAGCAUAGCAAGAAGAGCCGCUAUGACACCAUUGCRGUCCACAUCAACAAAUACAGAAGCUCAAAUGACGGGAGCACAAAAGAACAACCCCCCCAAGGAAGCAGCAGCAAACCUCGAGAACAGAASUUACGSCAGCGGUGACGUUGACGAUUUCUUUGAGAAUCCAGAAGGSGUGGUGUGUGCCAGAGGUGUUUGCGCCGUUUCUGAAGAAGGGGCACCCGAAAGUUGUUAUCUCAACGAAGAUCUCAACGAAGUAGUCUGUACAGCAAAUCCAAACAAUCAGGUUGUGCAGCCCGGUUUUACACUGGCGUAUCUCUGGCCGCGGACCCUGCUUCUGAUCUGCAGCGUACUGUAUGGGACUAAUUUCCCCCUWGGGCGAUUGAUGAAUGACUCGUUGCCAGCUAGCGCCGCUACAUCCACCCGUAUGGUUCUGGCCUCUCUCGCUCUAUCGCCUUUUUUGUUCCAACUGAAACCCAACCUGAGAAAAUCUGCCGCGAUCUGCGGGACCUUUACGGCCCUGGGAUACAUUUCCCAAUCCAUUGCCCUAGUUGACACCCCCGCGGCAACCGURAGUUUCCUGGGGGCACUGGUCGUAAUUGUUUGUCCCGCCCUUGCCGUGAUUGUCGACAAGAAAAAAAUGGGAUUUGCAGAUGCUCCCCAGACAUGGAUUGCAGCCAUAACCUGCCUGAUCGGGGUUGGCGUGCUGGAACUCGGCGGCGACGAGGGACUUGUAGGCCAAGUUGGCUGGGGAGAUCUCUGGUCUGUCUUACAGGCCGUCGGAUUUGGAACCUCGUUUUUCAUUACCGAACGAAUGAUGGCAAAGGAACCCUCCCAGGCCCUACCCAUUACGGCGAUGCAGUGCGCCAUGUCCGCUGCAUUUGCGGGCRUGUGGGCUGGCCUCGACGGGACAGGUUUCAUGGACGGAGCUCUUUCCUUUGGUAGCCCUCACGGUGCUUGGUUGCUGAACGAAAGUGACGCCGGUUCAUCYUUUGCCCUUCCGGGACUGUUUUUCGAUGCGAACUUUCGAAACGUCGCACUGGCGGCCGCCUUCACCGGAUUCGUGACCACCGCUGGUAACCGCGUUGGCGAAACGGUGGCCCUAGGCAAGCUUUCUUCAUCUGAAGCAUCUGUUCUCUUGGCCACGGAGCCGUUAUGGGCGGCAGUCUUUGCAAGUUUCUUGAUCAACGAGCAGCUGAGUCUCUGGGACGGAGUGGGAGGGGCACUGAUAGUUGCGGCCUGUGUAGCAACGGCGAUCGAUCCGGUAUGGCUAAGAGAGAAACUACAAAUCGAUUAUGUUGGUGCCGAUGUCGGCGCUGAUGUAGCUGCUGURGCUAUUAUUGAAGCCACCAGUGAUGAAAAUGAUGAUGUCAUUGAUACUUUUAUAGAAGUAAAAACAUCAGCAACUUCAGAAUAGUAAUAACAUGAAUGAGUGAAUUGAUGUUUCUCCACGCUACGUUUUGACAAAUAAUACAUCCAUCUUUUAUAGUAUGACGUGYCCUAGUUCAAAUAAAAGAUCUUUUCCCUAAAGGUAGUAGCCCUGUCGCAAAUAAUCGAGUAACUAAUUCUAUACCUAUUACUGUUCUUACUGCAAUAAAAUCCAUAUCUCAAU